AUGGGCUUUAACCCCCGGGUCACCCGUCAGGAGCGCUUUGUCAAGGCACAGCCAAUAGCACUUACGCCAUGGAGAGAGCAGGAAGAGAGAGAGCGGGAAGAGAGACAGCAGGAAGAGGGAGCAGGAAGAGAGAGAGCGGGGAAGAGAGGAAGCAGGAAGAGGGAGCAGGAAGCGAGAAAGCAGGAAGAGAGGAAGGAGGAAGAGAGAAGGAAGCAGGAGGAGAGGGAGGAGGAGUAGGAGGAGAGGAACCAGGAGGAGAGGAAGCAGGAAGAGAGGAAGCAGGAGGGGAGGGAAGAGGAGGAGAGGAACCAGGAGGAGAGGAACCAGGAGGAGAGGAAGCAGGAAGAGAGGAAGAAGCAGAAAGAGAGGAAGCAGGAGGAGAGGAAGCAGAAAGAGAGGAAGCAGGAAGAGAAGGAGCAGGAGGAGAGGAAGCAGAAAGAGAGGAAGCAGAAAGAGAGGAAGCAGGAAGAGAUGGAGCAGGAGGAGAGGAAGCAGGAGGAGAGGAAGCAGAAAGAGAGGAAUUAGGAAGAAGAGAGGAAGCAGGACGAGAGGAAGCAGGAAGAGGAAGCAGGAAGAGAGAGUAGGAAGAGAGGAAGCAGGAAGAGAGAGUAGGAAGAGAGGAAGCAGGAAGAGAGGAAGCAGGACAGGAGGAAGCAGAAAGCGAGGGAGCAGGAGGAGAGGGAGCAGGAAGAGAGGAAGCAGGAAGAGAGGAAGCAGGACGAAAGGAAGCAGGACGAGAGGAAGCAGAAAGAGAGGAAGCAGGAAGAGAGGGAGCAGGAAGAGAGCAAGCAGGAGGAAAGGAAGCAGGACAAGAGGAAGCAGGAAGAGAGGGAGCAGGAGGAGAGGAAGCAGAAAGAGAGGAAUUAGGAAGCAAGGAAACAGGAAGCGAGGGAGCAGGAAGAGAGGAAGCAGGAGGAAAGGAAGCAGGACAAGAGGAAGCAGGAAGAGAGGGAGCAGGAAGAGAGGGAGCAGGAGGAAAGGAAGCAGGACAAGAGGAAGCAGGAAGAGAGGAAUUAGGAAGCAAGGAAACAGGAACAAGAAGAGAGGAAGCAGGAGGAAAGGAAGCAGGACGAGAGGAAGCAGGAAGAGAGGGAGCAGGAGGAGAAGAAGAAGGACGAGAGGAAGCAGAAAGAGAGGAAGCAGGAAGAGAGGGAGCAGGAAGAGAGCAAGCAGGAGGAAAGGAAGCAGGACAAGAGGAAGCAGGAAGAGAGGGAGCAGGAGGAGAGGAAGCAGAAAGAGAGGAAUUAGGAAGCAAGGAAACAGGAAGCGAGGGAGCAGGAAGAGAGGAAGCAGGAGGAAAGGAAGCAGAACAAGAGGGAGCAGGAAGAGAGGGAGCAGGAAGAGAGGGAGCAGGAGGAAAGGAAGCAGGACAAGAGGAAGCAGGAAGAGAGGAAUUAGGAAGCAAGGAAACAGGAAGCGAGGGAGCAGGAAGAGAGGGAGCAGGAAGAGAGGGAGCAGGACGAAGGGGAGUAGGAAGAGAGGAAGCAGGAAGAGAGGAAGCAGGAGGAAAGGAAGCAGGACGAGAGGAAGCAGGAAGAGAGGGAGCAGGAGGAGAAGAAGAAGGACAAGAGGAAGCAGAAAGAGAGGAAGCAGGAGGAAAGGAAGCAGGACGAGAGGAAGCAGGAAGAGAGGAAGCAGAAAGAGAGGAAUUAGGAAGCGAGGAAACAGGAAGAAGAGAGGAAGCAGGAGGAGAGGAAGCAGAAAGAGAGGAAGCAGAAAGAGAGAGUAGGAAGAGAGGAAGCAGGAGGAGAGGAAGCAGGAAGCAGGAAGAGGAAGCAGGAGGAGAGGAAGCAGGAAGAGAUAGAGGUGUAA